AUAAUAAUGACCCAACUGCACGAAUGUGGUAAAUGUGGUAGCAAUAUAACUAAAAGGUUUCUAACGGAUUACGUGGUACAUGGUGCUGGUAUCUCAGUUGAAAAUGCAUUGUCAAGCUGGCUGGAAUUAACUAUUUGGCGCAAUAAGGAAGAACGCUCUAUGUGCUUUGAAGAUGGUGAAUAAAUAAGAAGACAAACAAAUGAGGGAGUAGAGUAACAUUUAUACCGUCAACGGAGACUUUUAGUAGUAUUGAUUUUCUCCACUCUUGAAAAUCGUAUCAGAGAAUUAGCUUUUUUAAAUGCUAGUAUCAACAUCACUUUGCGUGACAAACCGUAUAUAGAGUCUUACUUACUUUAACGACAGUAAACAAUCUAAAGACAAUUUUGGCACAGCAAAUUUCAUGCGGUACUAGAUUAGAAUAAAACGUAUGUUACCAAACUUACCAGCAUGAAGGGUAAUGCAAAAGAUCUUGGUAACAGCAUAGAAAUAUGAAUGAAGUGGAAUGACUCCUACUACGAGAAAUGGGAUGGUGGUACACAUUUGGCAGAGAUGCAAUCUAUGUUG